CCUCACUAUUUGCCGCCUGAGAUGCCUCAAGGAUCAUAUAUGAUAGUGAUUUCCUCAGACCAUGACCCUGGAGAAAAGACUCGACUCCAGCUUCCAACGAUGAAAGAAAAUGAUACUCACUGCAUUGAUUUCAGCUACCUUCUGUACAGCAAGAACGGAGCAAACCCGGGCACUUUGAACAUCCUGGUUAGGGUGAACAAAGGGCCGCUGGCUAAUCCCAUCUGGAAUGUCACUGGCUCUACUGGCAAAGACUGGCUUCGAGCGGAGUUGGCUGUCAGCACUUUCUGGCCCAAUGAGUAUCAGGUAAUAUUUGAAGCUGAAGUCUCAGAUGGGAGAAAUGGCUACAUUGCCAUUGAUGACAUCCAGGUUCUGAGUUACCCUUGUGAUAAAUCUCCACAUUUCUUGAGGCUGGGGGAUGUAGAGGUCAACGCAGGGCAGAAUGCUACAUUUCAAUGCAUUGCUACAGGGAGAGAUGCAGUGAAUAACAAGUUAUGGCUCCAGAGAAGAAAUGGGGAAGAUAUUCCGGUUGCUCAGACUAAAAAUAUCAAUCACAGAAGAUUUGCUGCUACAUUUAAGUUGCAAGAGGUGACAAAAACUGACCAGGAUUUAUACCGCUGUGUGACUCAGUCAGAGAGAGGUUCAGGAGUGUCAAAUUUUGCUCAACUUAUUGUUCGAGAGCCGCCUCGGCCGAUAGCACCCCCACAGCUGCUGGGUGUUGGGCCCACGUACUUGCUCAUUCAGCUGAAUGCCAACUCAAUCAUUGGGGACGGACCCAUUAUCCUGAAAGAAGUGGAGUACCGAAUGACAUCUGGGACCUGGACUGAAACCCAUGCCGUCAACGCGCCAACGUACAAGCUCUGGCACUUGGACCCCGACACCGAAUAUGAGAUUCGGGUCCUGCUCACCAGACCGGGUGAAGGUGGGACUGGACAGCCAGGACCACCACUCAUCACCAGGACCAAAUGUGCAGAACCUAUGAGAACACCAAAAACGUUGAAGAUUGCUGAGAUCCAGGCCAGACACAUUGCUGUGGAUUGGGAAUCUCUGGGUUACAACAUCACUCGUUGCCACACUUUCAAUGUCACUAUAUGCUACCACUACUUCUGCGGACACAACGAGAGCAAGGCGGACUGCUUGGACAUGGACCCCAAAGCACCCCAGCAUGUUGUGGAUCACCUGCCUCCCUACACGAAUGUCAGCCUCAAGAUGAUCUUAACCAACCCAGAAGGGAGGAAGGAGAGUGAGGAGACCAUUAUCCAGACAGACGAAGACGUGCCAGGCCCUAUACCUGCCAAGUCAGUGAAAGGAACUCCUUUUGAAGAUAAGAUCUUCCUCAACUGGAAGGAACCUGUGGAUCCAAAUGGCAUCAUUACUCAGUAUGAGGUCAGCUAUAGCAGUAUACGGUCGUUUGAUCCUGCAGUUCCAGUCGCAGGACCUCCGCAAACCGUGUCGAAGCUGUGGAACAGCACGCACCAUGUCUUCUCACACUUGCAUCCUGGUACUACUUACCAGUUCUUUAUACGUGCAAGCACCAUCAAAGGGUUUGGACCAGCAACCACAAUCAAUGUAACAACCAACAUCUCAGCUCCCACUUUACCGGACUAUGAAGGAGUCGAUGCAUCUCUCAAUGAAACUGCUACUACGAUAACUGUACUCUUGAGACCGGCACAGGCCAAAGGUGCACCUAUCAGUGCCUACCAGAUCGUUGUUGAGGAGCUGCACCCGCACCGAACAAAGCGAGAAACGGGUGCCAUGGAGUGCUACCAAAUCCCCAUCACCUAUCAGACCGCCCUUAGCGGAGGGUCGCCGUAUUACUUUGCUGCUGAGCUGCCCCCAGGAAACCUGCCGGAGCCAGCCCCCUUUACUGUGGGUGACAACAGGACUUACCAGGGUUUCUGGAACCCGCCGCUGGCUCCUCGGAAAGGCUACAACAUCUAUUUCCAGGCCAUGAGCAGCGUUGAGAAGGAAACCAAAACUCAGUGUGUUCGAAUAGCUACAAAAGCUGCAUGUUCGAAAUCUGUGAGACCUUAUGAAUCGUCUAAACAAACAGAUCGAGUGGUGAAAAUAGCAGGAAUAAGUGCUGGAAUUCUGGUAUUCAUCCUGCUUCUCCUUGUUGUCAUAUUGAUCGUCAUUAAAAAAAAGAGGAGCUACUAUUCUUACUCCUACUAUCUCAAACUUGCGAAGAAACGCAAGGAUGCCAUGGGGACCACCCGCCAGGAGAUGACACACAUGGUGAAUGCGAUGGAUAGGAGUUACGCUGACCAGAGCACCCUGCAUGCAGAGGAUCCCCUUUCAAUCACAUUUAUGGACUCUCAUAACUUCAGCCCCAGAUUGCCCAAUGAUCCACUUGUGCCGACAGCUGUGUUAGAUGAAAAUCACAGUGCGACAGCAGAGUCCAGCCGGCUCCUGGAUGUCCCUCGUUACCUCUGCGAAGGCACAGAAUCCCCAUACCAGACUGGGCAGCUGCACCCUGCCAUCAGGGUGGCUGAUCUGCUGCAGCAUAUUAACCUAAUGAAGACCUCUGACAGCUAUGGAUUUAAAGAGGAGUAUGAGAGUUUCUUUGAGGGGCAGUCAGCUUCUUGGGAUGUCGCUAAGAAGGAUCAAAACAGAACAAAGAACCGCUAUGGAAACAUUAUAGCAUAUGACCACUCCAGGGUGAUUUUGCAGCCUGUUGAAGAUGAUCCAUCUUCAGAUUACAUUAAUGCCAACUACAUAGAUGGAUAUCAGAGACCAAGCCACUACAUUGCAACCCAAGGUCCAGUUCAUGAGACUGUGUAUGACUUUUGGAGAAUGAUAUGGCAGGAGCAAUCAGCUUGCGUUGUGAUGGUCACAAAUUUAGUGGAAGUUGGGAGAGUCAAGUGCUACAAAUACUGGCCUGACGACACAGAAGUUUAUGGUGACUUCAAAGUGACUUGUGUAGAGAUGGAGCCCCUUGCAGAGUACGUCGUCAGGACCUUCACUCUGGGAAGGAGGGGAUACAAUGAAAUCCGUGAAGUUAAACAGUUUCAUUUCACCGGCUGGCCAGAUCAUGGAGUUCCUUACAAUGCCACAGGCCUGCUUUCCUUUAUACGGAGAGUCAAAUUAUCUAACCCUCCUAGUGCAGGGCCUAUUGUUGUCCAUUGCAGUGCUGGUGCUGGACGAACAGGUUGUUAUAUUGUGAUCGAUAUCAUGUUAGAUAUGGCAGAAAGAGAAGGUGUUGUGGAUAUCUACAACUGUGUCAAAGCCUUACGGUCUCGUCGCAUCAACAUGGUACAGACAGAGGAGCAGUACAUCUUUAUUCAUGAUGCCAUUCUAGAAGCUUGCCUGUGUGGAGAAACUGCCAUUCCUGUCUGCGAAUUCAAAGCUGCUUAUUUUGAUAUGAUUAGAAUAGACUCUCAGACAAACUCUUCGCAUCUCAAAGAUGAGUUUCAGACCCUGAAUUCUGUGACCCCUCGCCUGCAAGCGGAGGACUGCAGCAUAGCCUGCUUGCCAAGGAACCAUGACAAGAACCGCUUCAUGGAUAUGCUGCCACCUGACAGAUGUCUGCCUUUCUUAAUUACUAUUGAUGGGGAGAGCAGCAACUACAUCAAUGCUGCCCUUAUGGAUAGCUACAGGCAGCCAGCAGCUUUUAUUGUCACACAACAUCCUUUACCAAACACUGUGAAAGAUUUCUGGAGAUUAGUGUAUGACUAUGGCUGUACUUCUCUUGUGAUGUUAAAUGAAGUCGACUUAGCACAGGGCUGCCCGCAGUACUGGCCCAAGGAAGGGAUACUGCGGUAUGGUCCCAUCCAAGUGGAAUGCAUGUCGUGUUCAAUGGACUGCGACGUCAUAAACCGAAUUUUCAGGAUAUGCAAUCUAACAAGACCACAAGAGGGCUAUCUGAUGGUGCAGCAAUUCCAGUAUUUGGGAUGGGCUUCUCACAGAGAGGUACCAGCUUCCAAGAGAUCCUUCUUGAAGUUAAUUCUCCAGGUUGAAAAAUGGCAAGAGGAAUGUGAAGAAGGGGAAGGCCGGACCAUCAUCCAUUGCCUAAAUGGCGGUGGCCGGAGUGGGAUGUUCUGUGCCAUUGGCAUUGUGGUUGAGAUGGUAAAAAGGCAGAAUGUGGUGGAUGUUUUCCACGCCGUGAAGACUUUGCGGAACAGUAAGCCCAACAUGGUAGAAACUCCGGAGCAAUAUCGCUUCUGCUAUGAUGUUGCACUGGAGUACUUGGAAUCCUCCUAAUCGGAAUGGAUGUGACAAAGUUCACCAAAUACAUGAAUCUCAAUAAGCUGUUUUGACAACAGUUCUUGAUCCUGUGAAGAAAGAUUUUAGGGGGA